GGCUUUUUCACUAAAAAUGAAUAACUGCUUAUCUGUGCUGUAAGUAGGUAAGCACCAGGGCUUUGCUUUUGCAAUGAGAGUCAGACAAAAAAGUCAAGAUAGCAGGCUGACCUUCCCUUGCUAUCUGAGAUCAGAAAGGUUUAAGUAGCCCAGGGCCUACUUAGAGUCAGCUGUAAGAGAAAGGCAGGAGAGGAGGUAGAAAAAUGCUUAAGAGGAAGUGGUAAGAGACAUCUGAAUUCCAGUGUGACCUAUUCUGUCAGGUGAUUUUUUGGGGAGGAGGGGACAUGAGAAAACAAAGUUAAGUAAAAUGUCCUUAUAAAGACAAAAUCUAUUUCUUUCCUGGCUGAUGAUUUGUCAUUCUAGUCACUUCCUGCCUUGUGACCACACACUUGGGCUUGACAAAGCUGUUCUGCAAAUCAGAAAAGAGGAGGUUUCUGGUCGCACACCAGUUCAACCAAGGACGGUUUCUACAAGGAUCUGUUAUACAAAGCAGUAAAAAUGGCCAGAGGAUCAGUGUCUGAUGAGGAAAUGAUGGAGCUCAGAGAGGCUUUUGCCAAAGUUGAUACAGAUGGCAAUGGGUACAUCAGCUGCAAUGAGUUGAAUGACUUGUUCAAGGCUGCCUGCUUGCCACUGCCUGGGUACAGAAUAAGAGAGAUCACAGAAAAUCUGAUGGCUACCGGUGAUCUGGACAAAGAUGGGAGGAUCAGCUUUGAUGAGUUUAUCAAGGUUUUCCAUGGCCUGAAAAGCACAGAGGUUGCCAAGACAUUUAGAAAAGCAAUCAAUAAGAAGGAGGGCAUUUGUGCAAUUGGUGGUACCUCAGAGCAGUCUAGUGUUGGCACCCAGCAUUCCUACUCAGAGGAAGAAAAGUACGCCUUUGUCAACUGGAUAAACAAAGCCCUGGAAAAUGAUCCUGAUUGUCAGCAUGUCAUCCCAAUGAAUCCAAACACCAAUGAUCUUUUUAAUGCUGUUGGGGAUGGCAUUGUCCUUUGUAAAAUGAUCAAUCUGUCAGUGCCAGACACAAUUGAUGAAAGAACAAUCAACAAAAAGAAACUCACCCCUUUCACUGUUCAGGAAAAUUUGAACUUGGCUCUGAACUCUGCCUCAGCCAUCGGGUGCCAUGUGGUUAACAUAGGGGCUGAGGACCUGAAGGAGGGGAAGCCAUAUCUGGUCUUGGGACUUUUGUGGCAAGUCAUCAAGAUUGGGUUGUUUGCUGACAUUGAGCUAAGCAGAAAUGAAGCUCUGAUUGCUCUUUUGAGAGAAGGAGAAAGCCUGGAGGAUUUGAUGAAGCUCUCACCGGAAGAGCUCCUGCUGAGAUGGGCUAAUUACCACUUGGAAAAUGCAGGCUGCAACAAAAUCAGCAACUUCAGCACUGACAUCAAGGACUCAAAAGCUUAUUACCACCUACUUGAGCAGGUGGCCCCUAAAGGAGAUGAAGAAGGUAUCCCUGCCGUGGUUAUUGACAUGUCAGGACUAAGGGAGAAAGAUGACAUCCAGAGGGCAGAAUGCAUGUUGCAGCAGGCAGAGAGGCUGGGCUGCCGACAGUUUGUCACAGCCACAGAUGUUGUCCGGGGUAACCCCAAGCUGAACUUGGCUUUCAUUGCCAACCUCUUUAACAAAUACCCUGCCCUGCACAAACCAGAGAACCAAGACAUCGACUGGGGGGCGCUCGAAGGUGAGACAAGGGAAGAACGGACAUUCAGGAACUGGAUGAAUUCGCUGGGUGUUAACCCUCGAGUGAAUCAUUUGUACAGUGAUUUAUCAGAUGCCCUGGUCAUCUUCCAGCUCUAUGAAAAGAUUAAAGUCCCUGUUGACUGGAACAGAGUAAACAAACCGCCAUACCCCAAACUUGGGGGCAAUAUGAAGAAGCUUGAGAAUUGCAAUUAUGCAGUGGAACUGGGGAAGAAUCAAGCUAAGUUUUCGCUAGUUGGCAUUGGUGGACAAGAUCUCAAUGAAGGAAACCACACUCUAACGUUGGCUUUGAUCUGGCAGCUAAUGAGAAGGUACACACUGAAUAUCCUCGAAGAUAUUGGUGGUGGGCAGAAGGUCAAUGAUGACAUUAUCAUCAACUGGGUGAAUGAAACACUGAAGGAAGCAGAGAAAAGUUCAUCCAUCGCUAGUUUCAAGGACCCAAAGAUUAGUACAAGUCUUCCCAUUCUGGACCUCAUCGAUGCCAUCCAGCCAGGCUCCAUUAACUAUGAUCUUCUGAAGACAGACAGCCUGGAUGAUGAAGAGAAGCUCAACAAUGCAAAGUAUGCCAUCUCUAUGGCCAGAAAAAUUGGAGCAAGAGUGUAUGCCCUUCCAGAAGACCUGGUUGAAGUGAACCCCAAAAUGGUCAUGACAGUGUUUGCUUGCCUCAUGGGGAAAGGGAUGAAGAGAGUAUAAGGCCCAAUGGGCCAGGCUAGACAUCAACACCCUGAAUCCUGAGGGCCCCACACAGGAUACCCCCAGGAUGCAUGAGGACCAUUCAAGCCAUUCCAAAGUUUUCAACUUGGUGACAUUAUAUAAGACUCCAAAAAGUGCAUAUUCACUCAGCCAAGUAGCCUCUCCUGUACUUAACAGAAAAUGCUUGCUUCUUUUCAGAAGACCUCAGCUUCUAUAAAUAUUUUUUUAUUCUUGAUUUUUUUUUCCUUCUCUGAAAAUCUAAAGAAAAUAAAAAGAAGUUAUUUUCCAGGCACCCUUUCUGGUUUUGCAGUUAGGAUAGAAACUGCAGUAUUCAUUUUUGACCUAAUCUUUCAGACUGGUUUCAUUUGGCUACCUUUUUCUUCAACAUUAGGACCAGGAAGAGGGAAUCAUGAAGCUGUCCUGUCACCUGUUAAUUGAGGCUGAUAUUUAAUCUUUUAUAAGCCUCUUCCUGCCCCUUUCUCCUGCCUUGUCUCCCAGUGACUUUGCCCCACUCCCUCUUAGAAGCUUGCCUGCUCUUGGCCUACUUCUUCCUGCUGUCCUCCUUGGCCUCUUGGAGCAUCCUGACAAGUCAGUUGGGCUGUUGAGGAGCCAGGUGUCUCUGGUAGCCUACAGAAGUAAACCUCAUCAUCAAGGCCUUUCCUCAGAACCAAGGUCCCAAGCAUCAUCAGUUUUCAUUUUUUCAUUGAGUAAGAAAUCCUCUGUUUUUAAAUCUAGAAUUUAGUCUCAGGCCAGAUCUAGCACCUUGAACACCCUCCGGUAGAUUAACAACUCUAGCAGAAGAUUGGAAGUUGUAAUAAAAAGAAAGCCACUAAGGGGCAGUGUAGAGCUAGUCCUAAGCACCUGCCUUUAUGGUGCUGGCUCUCUGUGUAUUUAGCCUUGCUUGUUAGAUGCAGUUAUUGUGAUAUGGCUAAAUAUCUGGUGAAGUUUGGAAGCAGUCCUGCUCAACUUUCAUUUGCUCUUCGAUAUCAGCAUAUGUGAUUGCUGCCAGGCCAUAAGAUCAAUGUUUACCUUUUUUGGUACUGCAAAAGCUUUUUGCCACCCCUCUGCUCCAGGGGGCAUUAUGUGCCAAUUAAAAGCACCCUUGUCCCCCUGCCCCCCCCCACACACACGCACACACACACACACCCACUCCCUAGCCAGAAGUCAAGGAUGAACGAGUUUAUGCUGAAUAAGAACUGCAUUUGUUGCUUUAGGAAAAGCUAAUUACCUUGACAUUUAAAGAAUUUCAAACAAUUCUAGAUGAAUGCACCAAAGGCUAAAAAAGCAACAGAACAUUGUGAUCCUACAUUAGAUGCCCUGUGUCCUGGUAAAUGGGCUCAUUGAUGAGGUAUCUUCUAUAGGGGUCCUAUAUAAUGGAACUUAGCUAUUUUUCAAAGCAAUUGCAAUGCAUUGCUCUGGAUCCGUUCCUUGGCAGUGGGCUCAGGAAGCUAAUAUGUGGUUCCUUUCAGCUCACAACCAGUAUUUCUGCUGCAUCUGAAUGCAAAGUAGUUGACUUUGACUUUAGUCUGAACUUCAUAUAGCCCUAGAUGAUCUUCCCUCAUCUACCUUCAGGAAGGAAGAAUGUUAUUGCCUUAAUGGAAAAUGAAGAUAAAAUAAUGCUCAAAAUCUUUCCAAAUAAAAUGUUCCCAAGAUUGA